AUCCAAUCCUCAUAAUUAAGCGGCGAAGUGCAGUGAAGUGAACAUUUCUAAUCUCCCAAAACUAAAACCUUAUUAUUCCCCCGCCAUCUCUCAAUCACAAUUCACCACUCCAUCCCCCCUCGCUGUUAUACAAUCAAUAUGUCAACUGGACCUGGACUUGAGUCCCUCGUAGAUCAGACAAUUUCAGUUAUUACCAAUGAUGGACGAAAUAUAGUGGGAAUUCUAAAAGGUUUUGAUCAGGCAACGAAUAUAAUUCUCGAUGAAUCCCAUGAACGAGUUUUCUCUACCAAGGAAGGUGUUCAGCAACUUGUUCUGGGUUUAUACAUCAUUAGGGGUGACAACAUAAGUGUUGUUGGUGAACUGGAUGAAGAACUGGAUUCUAACCUUGAUUUGUCCAAGCUUAGAGCUCAUCCCUUAAAGCCUGUCAUCCAUUGAAGUAAAACUAUGUUAAAUUGUUGGGAGAUGCUUGCUGUCUUGGUGGAAAGGAUUGGAGCAGCAUUAAGCCAGGAAAUGAAAUGAUAUGAAUAUGCUGAUAACAUAAUAUGUUAAAUAACUAAAUAUCUUGAUUCUGUUGAUGUUGUUGGCAUGGAAAUCAUGGUUUUCUACAUGCUGGAUUAUGUAAUGCAACAAACUCCUAACUAUCUGAUAUGGAAAUACCUUUUUGUUUA